CCCCAAGCUCGACCAAGGAAGCACACUGGCAGUUCCACCACAACAUUACAAAUAAUCCUAUUUUAUUAUAUAUAGUUGAUGAGGAGUGAACGGAGGGAAUAUCUGUAGAGGUAAACAUUUGAUGGCGGAGGGGAGAGGAGGAGACAUCGUCUCUGAGUUCCUCGGUCAGAAUCCCCACCUGGUGAACUGGGUGGAAUCAUUAAGAGGACACUGUGAGACAAAUAAACAGUGGAAUGCCAGAAGAGAGUUUGUCCUGCGCAAUAUGGAGAUCUUCCCAACCAUCCGCCCUGGGACCCCAAGUCCUAGUUUGGACAGGCUACUGUCUCUGUCCAUGGUUUGGGCCAACCAUGUGUUUCUGGGCUGUCGAUACCCACAACCUGUAAUGGACAAAAUAAAUGAAAUGGCAGAAGGAAUCACUGUGAACGAAGCCCCUGAGCGAAAGACUAGAGAUGAAAUCAUGGGGAAAACAAAAAGACCUGCCGCCUCAGUAGUGGCUGCUGACUGCCAGGUAAAGAAGACUAAACCCAGUGAUACUGACCUUAAAGCUCCAGUGAGGAGUGUUGGGCAUCCAGCUGCCAGUAUUGUGAAAUCAGGCCCUCCACCAGGGGCUCCCGCAGAACACCAGCCCUUUUUCAACCGACUCUACAAGGCUGUUGCAUGGAAGCUUGUGUCAGCGGGUGGCUAUGGCCCCAACCUUGAACAUUUUGAGAUCUUGCGCAGUUGUGUGGAGUCAUGCAAGGCCAGCCUUAGCUGUGUGUUCGUUCCACUCAAAGACAUUCCUGACCUGCCCUCGGGAUGUACCCAGAAAGAAGGCCAGGUAUGUGAACUGCGCUGCCACACCGUUUACAUAGGCACAGGUUACGGACGUGAUGAGUGUGCCGCCAGGGCAAUGGCCUCCAAGGAAGCCCUCAAAGUAUUUCAAGGGCAGAAAGUGACAGUGAAAGUUUGCCGCCGCAGGUUCAGAGGACGAGACGUCGAAGAUUUGGUUCUGCUGGAUGAACAGCUCAGGGGUCAAGUCUUUCCACCAGCUCUCAUCUACCCCUUUCAGGGAGACCAGUAGAGUUCCAUUCUGCUGGAGUUUUACCAGGGUUACUGUUAAAUAUUAAAGUUGCUGAUUCAGUUGUGACAGCCUUGGAGAUCCUUGCUGCAGUUUCCGUUGUUUGCUUUGUUCAGAGUUCAGUCAUGCUACAUGCAAGUCUAUGGUCUUUCAGAAUGGCACUUUGAAGAAGGAUGUAAUAGUUUUCUUCAAUAGUUAAAAAGGGAUAUCAAAAAUAGUGAGAGCCAGUUUUUUUGUCCCAAAAUGUUUGUUAUGAUUUGUGGUUAUCAAGGUUAGAUAAGGAUUCUUAGGGUUGUUAAACAUCCGUAACUGCGGUUAUAUUUUAGAUGUUUGAAGUGGUUUGAAAACCUGUUGAUUUAAUUAGUAAAAGAUUCAAAAACAUUGAAUAAGAUUUGUUUUAUUUAUUGCUACAAACUUACAUUGAGAUUAUACGGUUUGCAGAUGACAACCUGUUUGAAAUGGAAUAUAUGAGUGUCAAUUCAAAAGGAUGUUAUUCACAAGAGUAAAUCUGGGAUUUGUUUACUCUGAUUAUGUAGCUCAUCGAAUUUUUGCCUCCCCUUUAAAAUCUAAGAAUUUUUUUUUAUUUAUUCUUUUUAAUACAACCUAUCACAACAACUUUCCUGUACAUACAUUGUCACAAUAGUGGGUUACCUUGUUAAUUUUUUUUUGUGGACCAUUGGGCAAAGUUGUUGAAUGUUCAAAUAAAUAGAUAAAAAAGUAAAAAUGCCAUCUGUUUAAAAAUGUUAAAUGUGGGAGCAGAAGUAUUGAAACCAGCAAAGAGUAAAUUUAUGGUUUACUUCAGUCUAAACUUCACCUGUGUGUUGCCUUGGGUCCAGUUUCUAUACUAGAUACUCUGAUUUCAUAUGAAGAUUUCAUAUUUGUAUUAUAUAUAUAUAUAUAUAUGAUAUGUUUUUGCUAAGACAUUUCUAUCUUUUAGAUGAACAAUUGCUGGAUUGCCAGUCCUUUUUUUUUUUUUUUCUGAUUAUACUGUAGUACUUACGGUCUACAGUACACAGUAUUUGUUUGUUUGAGUGAUGGAUCAAUUCUCCAUUUCAGAGUGUAAACACUAAAAGGAUCAAAUAAGAUACAGCCAUAGUGUUUAUGUUUCAAUUUAAUUAUCAGUUAUUGUAGUACUUUGAGUACAAACGGUACAUAGUCUCAGAGGUAUUUUUUUAAUCUCUUGUAAAUACAUUGAGCAGAUUUAAUUCAGUUACCUUGAGCAAAGUACAUCACAUACAGCUCACAUUAACAUCACAUGUAAUAAAUUUGCUUUAGGACCUGGAAUUUAAUUAAAAUUGCCUAAUUUUAUAGUCCCUUUUCAUUUGACAACCGACUGAAAUCCAAAUAUUAAAUGGCUCAAAGGGACACAGACAUUUGAUUGGUGUUGAUGUUAAAACACUUUAAAAUUAGGCCCCAGCAUAUGCGUCAUUUCCAAUAAGAAGAGAUGUGUUAGACCUAUUUCUGGCAUAUUUUGAAUCUCUUUUAUACGUCAGGCCCUUUAAUGAAUGUGGUGUGUAUGGAAGUUUAGCUAUAUUAAAUGGGUGGUUAACCUGGUUUAAAUGUUGACAAAACAAUUCAUAGGCUAUACCUAAACAUUGAUGCAACCUUGUUUUAUUAAUCAAAAAUACUUCAUAAGACAGUUUGUAAUUAUGAUUGUGGUGGUUGAAAAAAUAUAAAUGAUUCCAAAGUGCCCACAAGCAUCAGCAGACAUGCACACCCCAGAGUUCUCCCCAGCUCUUUUGUUAGCAAUCUGUCAAAUAUUACCAAACAUAAAUGAACCUAACAAGGAGUGAAAGCACACAUUUGGGUGCAGAUUUUGAUUGACAGGACAGGGAAUUUGGGUGUGAUUUGCUGCUUGGCUGCAUGUUGGACUCAGCCUCACAGGCAAAGCUAAUCAUGGGACAGCGUGUACUAUCUGCUCUUUUUCACAUCCUCUCUUAUGAGUCAGGAGACAUUUGUAAUACAGAAAUGUCACAAAUGUUAUGCCCUUUUUAUAACUAAGCUGUUCAAUGCAUACUGAUCAAAUGACAUGUGUAAGACAAUCAAAAGAAAGAGAAUGACAAGGAAUUGUUCAAAUCUCUACAGUGAUGAUAUGAGAUAAAAGACAAUUCCUUUAAGAUGGUGUACAGGGGAUAAAAGUAUAUUAAUAAUAUAGAAGUAUAGUGAGGUCAUCAGUUCAUCAAAUCUAACAUGCCCAUUAAAAAAUGUCUUCACUCUUAACAGUCUGAAUCAAGACUUGAAGUUUUAAUGUCUUACAUUUAUAAAUAAUAGUUUACAUAAACACAUUUAAGCUUCAAGGUGACAAAAGCUGACCCAGGUUAUAACAUAAUAUAUUGCCCUUAAUAUCUUAGAAAUUCUUUAAGUUCAUUAUAGUGUAAAUGUCUAGGUAGAUAGAUGGGUACUCCUGAAUUGUAAUCUGGUACUGAUUACAAAUUACAUGACAAAAAUUGUAGUCAGAAAUGUAAUCUAUUGGAUUACAUUUUUAAGGUAAUCUAAUCUGAUUGCUUUCGGAUUACUUCUGACCUAACUCUUGUUUAUUUGAUGUCACAUUUAUUUGAGUAGGAUAAGCCUGUACCAUUGAUAAUGUUGCUUAAGUGCAUUAAAGAAAACGCUAAAAUAUGUUAAUUGAUAUGAUUUUUUGGUGUGUUUUACCUACUAUUUGACCAUUUCUGAGUAAAACGGACACUUAAAAUGUUGUUACUCUGGCAAUUUUGUUAUUACAAAAACCUUCCAUGUGUGGUAACAGAUCAGACCAGCUGUAUUUGUGAAUCAGCAUCAUAAACCCAAAAAGGAAUCAGUUAUGUACAA